AUGAUAUCACUGACCAAGGAAAGAUCACUCUUGGCAGGAGGUUUCAAUGUAGUCGAUGAACUGUACCCUGCACUAGAGUUUCUUCAAGGAGUUAUUGGGAUGAAAGCGGAGAAAGUACUUGCUCAAAUAAACCAGAUCUUGGAUAAUAUCAUUAAUGAGCAUAAGGAGAUGGGAAACAGUGAAACUAUAGAUGAAGAUCCGGUACAUAUGCUUGUAAGGCUUCAGGAGGAUGGAACCUUCAAGUGCCCCAUUGAAUAUUCAACAUCAAAGUUAGCCUCUAGGCAAGUACUGGAGUUCAUAGAAUGGGCCAUGAAAGAAAUCAUGAAAAACCCAAGAGUCGUGAAGAAAGCACAGGCUGAGAUAAGAGAAGCCCUCAGAGGGAAGAAAACAAUUACAGAGGCUGAGAUAAGAGAAGCCCUCAGAGGGAAGAAAACAAUUACAGAGGCUGAGAUAAGAGAAGCCCUCAGAGGGAAGAAAACAAUUACAGAGGCUGAGAUAAGAGAAGCCCUUCUUUUUAUUCUAAACUUCGAUCCCUCGCAUUUUUCAACCUUCUUAGCUGGCACAUGGCAAUAA